UCCGCGCUACGGUUUCUACCGCCCGCCGCCACCAGGGUUUUCUUCCCCCCUCGCCUUCUUCCUCCUCCUCCCCACGCAAUCCACGGAGGAACCGAGAGCGCGUAGGAGCGCAGCCAUGGCGUGACCGUGUCCAAGAUUCUUCCCCAUCACCGGCUCCGUGUCCAGGAGCUCCGCCGUCCACGUCUUCCUCGCCUACGUCCAGGAGGCCGCUCCCGAACGACUACAGCCACCACUCCUUCCUCUUCGGCCGCCGCCGCGUCGUCGUCAAAGUCCUCCGCCUCCGUCCGCUACUCGACCGGCGGAUCACACCUCCGUGGUCCUGGCUGCUGAACAUGAUGGAUGAUGAGUUAUUCAAGUUGGACACUGAGCCUUUGGGGGUUUAUUCCGAAGAUGCAACCAAUGAUGACAAGCCCCUGGAGGAUGAACCUCAGAAUGAGCGGACAUGUGAUGAUGAUUUCAAGCACCUGUCGCAGAAUGCAGAAGAUCGUGUGCUAGCUUUUGAGGAACUUGAUGAAGAUAAUCUGAUGGGGCAGUUAUUUGCCGAGAAUCCCCUGGAGCUGGCUAACUAUGCAAUGAAUCACGUGCCAAUGUAUGAUGACCAUGAUUAUGGUCCUGAUCGGGUGCACAAAAUUCAGUGUACUCUGGCGCAUUCACAGCGAUAUGCAGCACAUGGUCUCGACAUGCUGGCACACGCCGAACUGUUGUACACCCAGCUUCGGAGUGAUAUACGGUCUGACCGUGUACCAGAGCCUCUCCUCGAGGGGACCAUUCAGUGGGCCGAACAGAUGGCUGCGUACGCAGAAGUUCUGGACGAUUACAGCGAUGAGGUGCAUGAGUCUGCAUUAUACCUGAUUCGCUUUGAGUUGGAAGGUCCCAUGCUUGCAAGGCACGAUCAGUUGGUAACCGUGGCAGACCAGUUACUAGGAGAGCAGAGGAACAUGAGAGCGCGGGUCAGAUGGGCACGGGAAUACAUUGAGCAGCGGCAGGCAUGGUACCAGGAGAGCCUCAAGUUUCUGCAUCUGGACUUUUACAAUGGAGAAGCGCAGCAGCAAGCCAACAGUGCCCAAGAUGUGGAGGCGCAAGCUGUUGAGGAUCAAGUGAAUGUGCAGGGGAACGCUGUGGAGAAGCAGAAUCUUGAGGAUUAGGAAUAGGGGAUGCCUUGUCUUGGGUUGUGUCAUUGGGAUCUCUCCUGACUGUAUCAUCAGGUUGAGCAAGAUAUAUGUAUAAUAGAAUACGAACUUCCUCGACUGUAGCAUGCGGGUUCUUAUGUUCCUCUUUGCUAUUGGCUUGGUUUUGUUUGGUUGGUUGGCUGAAACCAACACCAACACCAUGCAUUUUCUGUGCCAAGAGUUGAUAAACAAUCUGAUGACAGUUUUGUGUGGCAAGCAGGUUCGUGUGGA